AACUUCAAAUCGAAUUUUCUACACGUUGACAAGUUAAAGACAACAAUUCGUCCGGUAUCUUUAAAAACCGUAUUUUUAUCAAAAAUAUGCGAAUUCUAGUCUUAUCUUCACUUGUAAUAUGUGCAAUUUAUAUUUUUGGAGCCGAUGGGCAAGCUCGGAAAUCGAGUUUGUCAAUGGCUGAAAGAGUACAACAAUUAACAGAAAUGACCAACUCCAGAGCUGUUUUAAAGUUUAAUGGAAAUAAAUUCAGGGAUUACGUUAAAGCGACUCCUAGAAAUUAUUCAAUUAUCGUAAUGUUCACCGCCUUGGCUCCUCACAGACAAUGUGUAAUCUGUAAACACGCUCACGAUGAAUUUGUUAUAGUUGCAAAUUCGUUCCGUUACUCCCAAGUUUACUCGAAUAAAUUAUUUUUCGCCAUUGUUGAUUUUGAUGAGGGAUCGGAUGUGUUUCAGCAAAUGCGUUUAAAUACUGCCCCAGUUUUUAUUCAUUUCCCGCCAAAGGGGAAACCGAAAGCUCUUGACACAAUGGAUAUACAAAGAAUAGGUUUUCAAGCGGAAUCAAUAUCAAAAUGGAUUAAUGAAAGGACAGAUAUUAAUAUUCGUGUAUUCCGUCCACCAAAUUAUUCCGGAACUUUAGCAUUGGUGAUUCUUUUCGCUUUGGUUGCUGCUAUUUUAUAUUUGCGAAGAAAUAACUUGGAGUUUCUUUAUAACAAGAAUAUGUGGGCAACUGGAGCAUUAUUUUUCUGCUUCAGUAUGGUUUCUGGGCAGAUGUGGAAUCACAUUCGCGGUCCCCCUUUUUUACAUAAAGGGGCCAACGGACAAAUUGCUUAUAUACACGGAUCAUCACAAGCUCAAUUUGUUUUAGAAACUUAUAUAGUUAUGAUUCUUAAUGCUGCUAUCGUAUUGGGAAUGAUUUUAUUAACGGAAUCUGGAAAUACAAAGCGGGAUCCGAAAAAGCGGAAAAUUUUAGCGAUCGCUGGGUUGAUUUUGAUUACAGUUUUCUUUUCUUUAAUAUUGUCGGUGUUUAGAUCGAAGACACAAGGUUACCCUUAUAGUUUCCUAUUCAAAUAGUGAUCACCUUUAAUAAAGUUUUUUGUUACAUACAAGAAAUAAAUUAUAUUGAAAUAUU